AUUAACGAAAAUUCGUGAAAUUGGCGCCUGUAGCCUGUAGCCUGUAGGUCUUUCUGUAAGGUAAUUUGUCUGUACUUGGUUGUUUUUUCACUUGGAUUGGACUUUGUCAAUCUAAAGAUAGUUACUGAUAAAGUAAAAUUUACUAUUUAAAAAAAAUACCACAGAAGUUCCCUUGAAAGUAACAACUUCUACAAGACAUUAGCGGAAAUAAAUCCUAGUGAUCCUGUUUGCUAUUCUAUAAAAUUUGGCAGAGAUCUGCUACCUCUUUUGGACCUUGUAGGUUGUCGCUUAGUUUUUUCUUCUCUUUUUCUUUUUUCUUUUUUUUUGUUUUCACUAGAGGUGAUCUAAAUACAAUUCGGAAUAGACUCAUCAAUUUUCCAAGCUUUUUGGUUCACCAACUUCUCUAGUCUGAAGCCUUGACCGAAGAAUGAAGAAGCAGCAUAUUCUCUUUAAAGAAUGGAUUUAAAAAUCUCUACUCUCCAUAUUCAAAAGGAAGACUUCGAGAUUGGUUUUCUAGAAACUUAAUCACCACCUCACCUGGGCCCAUGCGUUAGGUACUAAACUAAUCUUCAACUUCAACACAAUCCAGAUUUAACCUUUCGGAACCUUGACGAGUGGCAAACUAUUUUCCAACACCAUCCAAUGCGUAUCUGAAAAUUUCUUUUCUUAAUUGCUUUGAGCAUCUACCAAAGAACGGUUCAACCAAGAAACUUACCCUUUCGUAUAUCUAUUUAUCACACCACCCUCUUUUAACGAACUAGCAUUUCUUUGGGAAAAGAAAAAAAAAAAAAAAGGCAUUCUUUGCGCUUUUUGUAUUAGCCAUGGCGCUGGAAAGCAAACUUCUGCUUCUCCUUCCACUGCUUGUAUUCUCCUUCACUCACACUGUGGCCUCGCAGUCCAAUAUCACGCGUAUGCAGUUCUACAUGCAUGACAUUCAGGUCGGCCCUCAUCCUACCUCAGUCCGGGUCGCAGGCGGUUCUAACUCCACUAUGUUCGGAUCCAUUUUUGUUUUAGAUAAUCCACUCACGGCUACACCCUACCCGAAUUCUACGUUGUUGGGACGUGCACAAGGGAUAUACGCCAUGUCCUCUCAAGAAAAUGAGUUUAGCCUUCUUAUGACACUAACAUAUGGAUUCAUUAAUGGACCUUAUAAUGGCAGCUCAUUUAGUGUACUUGGCCGGAAUCCAGUGAUGAGUGAAGUGAGGGAAAUGCCAGUCGUCGGUGGCACAGGAGUUUUUCGGCUCGCUCGUGGAUAUUGCUUGGCGAAGACAUACUCAACGGAUCAAAGCAAUGGUGUAAUUGGAUACAACGUGACCUUGAUACAUGAUAUUGAGUUGGACUAGUGGCUAUAAUUCACGAUUGUUCAAUGUAAUAGUUUGGUGUUUAAUAAGGCUUGCCUCCCAUUUUACUUAUGUACGAAUUAGUCUCUGUAAUAAAGGGUGUGAUUUGAUCUUCUGUUGGAACUCAGUGAGUUUAAUUACCAUGUUUCCAAGAGAAGCAAACCAUGAAGCUCCAGAAGAGGUUCUAUCAGUUUCUGAGAGUUAACAAUUUAGAUUUUCCGGCGGAAUAUCGAUGUUCCAUCGGGUUUAGCUUCGUUUGUUCAUUAUGAUUUUAGCUCUAUGAGUCUAUAACUUAGUUUUGUUUCUACAUAUGAAAUUGUCUUACUUUGCUUCUGUGA